UGGCUCAGACUGGCAAAGCUACUGGGCCUGGUCGAAACGAUAUUUGUGAACGGAGCCCAUCCAGAACAAUUCAGAUCAAGUCCCAAGGACUCUCCAAACGAAAUCGCUGCCAGAGUAAUGCCUUCGGUGGGCAAAGAGUCCAAGGCCAUGCAGCCCUAUAGCUAUGUAAUUGCCGUGGACUUUGAGGCCACCUGCUGGGAGAAUCAGCCUCCGCCGCACUACCGCAAGUCGGAGAUUAUCGAAUUCCCAGCUGUGCUGGUCAACCUGGAGACGGGCAAGAUCGAAGCCGAGUUCCACAAGUACAUCAAGCCCUUCGAGUCGCCGCGCCUGAGCAACUACUGCACCGAGUUGACCGGCAUUCAGCAGCACACCGUGGACACCGGGGUGCCGCUGCAGACGGCCCUGAUGAUGUUCCACGAGUGGCUGCGCCAGGAGCUGCCGCUGCGCCAGCUCAGCUUGCCCAAGAUGAGCGAAUCGAACAUUUUGGGCAACUGUGCCUUCGUCACCUGGACGGACUGGGACUUUGGCGUCUAUCUGGAGAAGGAGUGCAUCCGUAAGCGACUGCAGAAGAUGGCCUAUUUCAACCAGUGGAUCGAUGUGCGGGCCAUCUAUCGGUCGUGGUACAAGUACCGCCCGGCCAACUUUGGGGAUGCACUCACCCACGUGGGCCUGGCCUUUGUGGGCAGGGCCCACUCCGGCAUUGAUGAUGCCAAGAACCUGGGGGCCCUCAUGUGCAAGAUGGUGCGCGAUGGAGCGCUCUUCUCAAUAACCAAGGAUCUGACGCCAUACCAGAAGCUCAAUGCCAACUGCCUAUUGUGAAAGCCUCGGGAAUGCCAAGAGCUCCUGAAUAAUGAUACUCGACAAUGUCUAGAUUGUAGGCUUUAAAACACGGAAUUCGGAAUACACAGGCCUACAAUUUGGGAAUAAAUAAAAUCCAUAACAAAUACAUAAUC